UACGCGGGAGCUUCCAUUCACCGUGCGAGUAGUUAAGUGAAAGUAGCAGGUUUUUAGUCUGCUAAUGAAUUUUCAGAAGUAAACAAGAAACGAAAGAAGCAUUUUAUAUACAUAAAUACAUAUUUUACUGAAACGUCAGAAUAUUUCAAUCGUGAUAAAAUUGCUAUAAUUUGAGUUAAUCAAAGCAAUUAAAAGUAUUAAAAUGGAUUACACACCAACGCCCACAGUUGUUCCCGCAGCCCCUUUUGACGCCUCAGCAGACGCACAGGCAUUACGCGCCGCAAUGAAAGGUUUUGGUACGGACGAGGACGAAAUCAUCAACAUUCUUACCGCUCGUACAAAUGCCCAGAGGCAACAAAUCAAGGCACAAUUCGAAACAGAGUUAGGCCGUGACUUAAUCAAAGACUUGAAAAGUGAAUUGGGUGGCAAAUUUGAAGAUGUUAUUUUGGCUUUAAUGACACCACCAGUUGAAUAUUUAUGCAAGCAGUUGCAUAAUGCCAUGGCUGGCAUGGGCACCGAUGAGGAGACACUCGUCGAAAUACUAUGUACCAAAACGAAUGAAGAAAUGCAUGAAAUUGUUGCUGCUUAUGAAGCAAUAUAUGAUCGCCCGCUGGCCGAACAGAUGUGCAGUGAAACCUCUGGUUUUUUCCGUCGUUUGCUGACACUCAUUGUCACAGGAGUACGCGAUCCCGCGGGCACCGUUGAUGCGAUUAAAGCGCACGAAGAUGCCGAGGCUUUAUAUGCGGCCGGGGAAGCCAAGUUGGGCACAGAUGAAGCCGUCUUCAAUCGUAUUAUGUCGCACAGCAGUUUCGCACAAUUGCGGCUCAUCUUCGAUGAAUACAAAGAGCUCUCCGGACAGACUAUUGAGCAAGCAAUCAAGCAUGAGAUGAGUGGUGCGUUACAUGAUGCAAUGAUGGCGAUUGUUGAAUGCGUACAGUCGCAAGCUGCCUUUUUCGCCAAUCGACUUUACAAUGCCAUGAAAGGCAUGGGAACAAAUGAUGACACUCUAAUUCGAAUAAUUGUGAGUCGUUCUGAAAUAGAUUUGGCAAAUAUAAAAGAUGAAUUCGAACGUAUUUACAAUCGUACAUUGUACAGUGCUGUUGUGUCGGAGACGUCUGGAGACUACAAAAAAGCCUUGACGGCUCUUCUUGGUGGAGCUUAAAAGUCGAUAACAUUACACUGCUAUUGAUAUCACUGAAUGGGUUUCAAUUACUUUUCAUAAAUGAAAACAUGUCAUUUUCGUUUCCAAGCAAAAUAUCAGUUAUUAAUGAAGUAAUCUGUAGUUUUUAACAUGUAUCAAUGUGAAAUUUUGUUAGAUUUCGUUUUGAGUCUCAAAUAUUAAUUGAAUAAAAAAUGGAGUUACUUUAAA